CGCGCCGCGUCUGCCUCGCUUCCCCCUGCCAGCCCGUCAUCGAUGCUGCCCGGCGUCGUACAGGUGGUACUGCUGUUCAGGGUGGUCGCCGCGACCGUGAGCAGGUCGCAGCAGCACCUCAGCACCGAGGGUGUAGCCUCCAACCAGGUGUCGGAGUACAGCACCCCGCCGCUCAGCACCAUUCAGAGGUUCAUGAAGAUGCUGGAGCCGCGCGCCGCCGACGAGCAGCGAGUGCUCAAGAGGGCGCAGCUGUCCGUGGCCAACGUGACGUGCAACGACGGCUCGCCUGCGGGAUUUUACUUGAGGCGGUCACAAACAAGUACAAAAUGGAUUAUCUUUCUUGAAGGAGGAUGGUACUGUUACGAUGAACGAAGUUGUCACAAUCGCUGGAUGAGACUACGCCAUUUGAUGACGUCAAAGCAAUGGGCGGAUACAAAAACAGUUGGUGGAAUCCUUUCAGCAAAUCCUGAAGAAAACCCCUUCUGGUGGGAUGCGAACCAUGUGUUCGUGCCGUACUGCUCGAGCGACUCGUGGAGCGGGUCGCGCACGCGCCCCGGCGGAGACGUGAGGUUCAGCUUCAUGGGCGCCGCCAUCGUGAGGCAGGUGGUCCAGGACCUGCUGCCGCUCGGCCUGCGCAACGCCACCUCCCUCCUGCUGGCCGGGAGCAGCGCAGGUGGCACGGGCGUGAUCGUGAACCUGGACCCGGUGACGGAGCUGCUGCACCGGCAGCUGGGGCUGCGGGGCAUCGCGGUGCGCGGCGCCUCCGACUCGGGCUGGUUCCUGGAUCGCGCGCCCUACUCGCGCGACGCGCGCCUGCUCAGCCCCACGGAGGCCGUGCGCCGCGGCCUGGAGCUGUGGCAGGGCCGCGUGUCGCCGCACUGCCACCACCGCUACCCGGCUGAGCCGUGGCGCUGCUACUUCGGCUACCGCUCCUACCCGACGCUCACAGCUCCCUUGUUCGUGUUCCAAUGGCUGUUCGACGAGGCGCAGAUGGCGGCCGACAACGUGGGCGCACCCGUGACCAAGCAGCAGUGGGACUACAUCCACAAGAUGGGCGACAGCCUUCGGAACUCAUUCCAAAAUGUAUCGGCGGUGUUCGCUGCGUCCUGCAUCUCGCACACCGUGCUCACCAAGAAGGAGUGGCUGCAGGUGAGGAUCAACGAGGUGUCCCUGCCGCAGGCCUUGCACUGCUGGGAGCAGCAGCCCUACCAGGCGCAGCUCAGCCUCAUGAGAGCCGGCACACCUGAGAGGCUGGCGGUGCCGAUGCUGGGUGACGAGCCCCCGGCGGCCCAGAGCCUGCAGCGCAUGAGCUACCGGACCAACGCGACCUCGGCCCCCGGCAGCAGGCACGACAGGCGGCGGCGGCGCAGGAAGAAACACAACGGCAACAGGAACAAGAACAGGCCGGAAAGGAACAGGGGUAAAAAGAAAAAAGGCAGGAAGGGGAGUCGCCGGCGGGAGCAGCGGUCGGUGCAGUGCCAGUACCGCCACGUGGAGCGGUGCUCCUGGCCGCAGUGCAACCACUCCUGCCCCAAGCUGCACAACCCCUUCACCGGCGAGGAGAUGGACUUCAUCGAGCUGCUCAAGUCGUUCGGGCUGGACAUGGCGAGCGUGGCCAACGCGCUGGGCAUCGACAUCCACACGCUCAACAACAUGGACCACGAGGAGCUGCUCACCCUGCUGACGCAGCAGGCCAACUGACGCGCGCGCCGCCAUCCACCGGGGUUCCUCGAUGUGCGGGUCAACAUUUUAGAAAACCUAUUUCUGUACUUACAAUUUUUUUUUUUUUUUUUUAUAUAAACAACAAAUAUUACCUUUGAAUAUAUAUAUACUGUAUAGAAGUCGCCGCCGCAAUCGCCACCAUCUCUAGGGCAUUGACUUGUGGUGGUCCCUAGCGGAGAAGUGUCAAACUCUUCAAACACCCCUUCCCCCUCUCGUUGAACGACCUUGAGCUGCAGUGAAUGAUGGAUGGGGGGUGCGGGGAAUGACAGCGGGCGACAGUGCUGCGCACUAACGGGUAAAUGAUACCUAAGACGAUACAGGCCGUUAUGGCAGCGCGCUGCAGCGGUGAAGUUCCCAAGCU